AAUCUGACAACUAAAAAGCUGUGAGCAUGGCAACCUGAAUUAUGGGGAAUAAAGGGUUCUUCUGUCUUCUAUAGGAAUUCUUUUUUUUUCUUUUGCUUUUUCAACUCCAGCUAUAGCUUCUCUUUAAGACCUUCUUAAGGGAAAAAGAAAAGAAAGAACAGUGACAAAGUUAUAGAAAGAGAAAGAAACUUGUUUGUGAGUUCCUUUUUUUUUUUUCUUGAGAAGGAAAAUCUGAAAUAUCGGUUUGUGGGAUUUACAUGUCAGCUUUGGUGUUAAAUAUUUGGCUGUUAAAAGCUUCUUUGAACCCGUGCCACUUGUUUGUCUUGGCUUGCAUCACCAACAAACUGACACUGGUUUUGGAAAAAGGUUUUCUCCUGCUAUCAGUAGGAUGUAAAGGUCCCUGAGUGAAGAUAAGUUGUUAGGGUUUUGUUGUUGUUGUAGUGUGGGGUCAAAAAGAGUUUGAGGACAGUUCUGAAAAGCAAAAAGAAACAAACUGAAGUGGGUUUUUGGUUGGGGUGUUUGUGUGGUGAACAUUUGAAGUGUGAAAUGCAAGGGAAAUUCCAUAAUCUUUGGUUUAAGUUACUUUGAGAAGUUAUCUUCUAUAUUGGGGAGAACUUUCUUUUAGUGAUUUUGGCAGGAAGUUUCUUCAUUUUGAAGUGACAAAUAUUGAUUCUUAAGUUUGUCUUUGUGACUAGUUAAAAGUCUCAAGUGCUCUCCAGCAAGAAAUUCCUGCUCCAAAUUUAUCUGCAUCUACCUUUUGAGGAGCGUUAAGAAGAACCAAAUGCUGUUUCACAGGGCACACCAGUUGAGCUGGGGUCUGUUCAAUCUGUUCUCUCAAGAGAGCUUCCUUAAUGUGAUCUUGGAAAUGUGAGCUUCAGUGAUUGAUAGUACAAACUACAACACCCUUUUUGCUGUUUCUGCAAAUGUGGACAGAAUAUUGCAAGAUUGGUAACCAUUUUGAGUUGAUGGUGUCUCUGCAACUUAUGUUCAUUUUCUAGUCCUUCAAAAUUGCUAAGUUGCUUUUCCCCUAAUGCUGGUUCUGUAUAUGCUUCCAAUGGCGAAAAAAUUAAAGCACCAGGCAUUCCUAGUUCUUGCCAUAAUAUUGCUUUUAAUCAAUCACUCAGAGCAACUACAAUCCUCCCAGACUCGUAAACUUUUAAGGCUUCGACUGCUUUUGAAUCAUCCAGAUAUUUUAAGUAGCUGGAAUAGCACCACAGAUUUCUGCAACACUGAACCUACAUCCCAACUAACCAUUGUAUGCUAUGAAGAAAGCAUAACUCAGCUGCUUAUAAUUGGAAAAAAAGGAACUCCUGUGCUACCUAGAAACUUUUCCAUGCAUUCCUUUGUCAAAACACUUGUUAAGAUUCCAGACUUGAAAGUCCUUACAUUGGUUUCUCUUGGUUUAUGGGGGCCAUUGCCUGGUAAAAUUGCAGGUUUAUCCUCAUUGGAAAUACUUAACAUGAGUUCAAAUUUACUAUAUGGAACCAUCCCUCAUGAGUUUUCAUCUGUUACUAGCCUUCAAACACUCAUUCUUGAUGAUAACAUGUUCUCUGGUCGGCUACCUGAAUGGCUAGGUUCAUUUCCAAUUCUGACUGUUCUGAGUUUGAGGAAGAAUUUGUUCAAUGGCUCUUUGCCUGGUUCUUUUAACAGUUUGGAGAAUCUUAGAGUUCUUGCACUUUCACAUAACCACUUCUAUGGAGAAGUGCCUGAUUUUAGCAGUUUGACAAAUCUUCAAGAGCUUGAUCUGGAAGAUAAUGCUUUUGGACCUCAGUUUCCUCAGCUUGGCAACAAGUUGGUUCGCCUUGUGUUGGGAAAGAACAGUUUUAGGUCUGGCAUUCCUUCUGAAUUGAGCUCCUAUUACCAACUUCAAUGGCUGGACUUGUCAUCCAACAGAUUUCUUGGGCCAUUUCCUCCAUCAUUGUUAUCCCUACCUUCCAUUACUUAUUUGAAUAUUGCAGACAACGAACUCACUGGGAUGCUUUUUGAAAAUACCUCUUGCGAUGUAGAACUUGAAUUUGCAGAUUUAUCCUCAAAUCGUUUGACUGGACACUUGCCAAGCUGUUUUUCAGAUUCUAAAGAUAGAGUUUUCCUGUAUGGUCAAAAUUGCCUGGAAACUGGAAAGGAAAACCAACAUCCUCUUUCCUUCUGUCAAAAUGAAGCCUUAGCUGUGGGAAUCUUACCUCAUCAUAAGAAGACCGAACCUUCUAAAGUAGCUCUUGCCUUCGGCAUAACAGGAGGAAUUCUUGGUGGAAUAGUACUUCUUGGUCUCAUUUUCUUAUUUGUUAGGAGGUUGAAUGCAAAUAAGACAAGCAAUAAACCUACAACAAGAUUGAUUGCAGAGAAAGCAUCAACUCGGUACGCGUCAAAGUUACUAUCUGAUUCAAGGUAUAUAUCUCAAACAAUCAACCUGGCAGCACCGGGACUUCCAGCUUAUCGAACCUUUUCAUUAGAAGAACUUGAGAAUGCAACAAACAACUUUGACACAAAUGCUUUCAUGGGUGAAGGUUCUCAAGGGCAGAUGUAUAGAGGUCGGCUGAAAGAUGGCACCUUUGUGGCCAUUAGAUGCCUAAAAAUGAAGAAAAGCCACAGCACUCAAAGCUUUCUGCACCAUGUAGGCCUGAUUUCUAAAUUGAGAUACGGCCAUUUAGUCAGUGCUCUUGGGCACUGCUUUGAGUGCUACUUGGAUGAUUCAAGUGUCAGAAGAAUAUUUCUCAUAUUUGAAUACAUACCAAAUGGCACUCUAAGAAGCUGGAUAUCUGAAGGACAUGCCAGACGAUCACUUUCAUGGGCACAACGCAUAUCAGCCGCAAUAGGGAUAGCUAAGGGCAUCCAAUUUUUGCACACAGGGAUCGUGCCUGGUUUGUACACAAAUAAUCUGAAAAUAACAGAUAUUUUGAUGGACCAGAACCUUGUUGCAAAAAUUAGCAGUUACAACCUGCCCUUAUUUGCAGAAAGUGCAGGAAAGGUAGGUCAUGCGACUUCUGCUCUACCUAAGGAUCCAAACAAUAGUACAAGGGUGAGUUAUGGUGAUAAGGUUGAUGUCUAUGAUUUUGGAGUGAUUUUACUAGAAAUGAUUCUGGGGACGCCAUUAAAAUCCAGGAGUGAAGUGCAAAGUCUUAAAAGUCAGUUACAAGCAACCGUAGCAACAGAUGAAGCAACUAGAAGAAGCAUAGCCGAUCCAGCAGUUCAGGCAUCUUGCUCGGAUCAGUCACUAAAGACAAUGAUGGAAAUUUGCAACAGAUGUCUGCUAGAGGACCCUUCUGAGAGACCUUCUGUUGAGGAUGUUCUGUGGAACUUGCAAUUUGCUGCUCAAGUUCAGGACGCAUUGCGGGUAGAUUCCCAUAGCAGUGAAGGAUCUCCAGGUUCUCCUUCCCAACCCCCACACUUUCGUGUUUCCUUCCAUUAGCAACAACUUUCAGGUAUUUCUACUUCUCAUCAAAGUUGUUGUCAGGUUGUGGAACUUGUUAGUUGCAUUGAUUUAAAGCGUGAAUGUGAACUCAGAGCUUAGCUCAUAUAGCCACUCUUAAAAUGUAACAUUCGACAGAUUUGAGAUUUGAAUCUCAAUACUUACAAUCCCUUCCUCUAUCUCUAAGCUGUAGCCACCAUUUUACCAAAAAAAA